CAGGUCCCCAUCCCAGCCUUGGCAAUGACCCUGGCGGCUUCCUCCCAGCGCUCCCAAAUCAUUCGGUCCAAGUUCCGAUCUGGUGAGAGAUUUCUUUCUGUGCACGUUGGGAAGGGAGCUUCCUGGUCCUAGGAAUAUAUUCUCAACCUGGGAGUAUGCACCGCCGGGCGAUGUGCGGAGGUGAUCCCCAAGAGGCAUGUGUUUUCCAUGCAAAACAUUAUUUGUGUAGAAGGGAGGCCCCAGCAAAGGGGUGGAGUUCUGGUCGACAGUGAGUGUGCAAAUGGCUGAUGCAAUGCUCGCGUGGGGAGUGGGAAGCCAGGGGUGGUUGUGCAGAGGACCUAGGACUGCAGAGGAACAGGGGCUUAAAGUGACAAGUGCUCAAAGCAGAAAAGUGUCCACAGUGGGGACUUCAGGGUGGAACCGCGGGCGAGGGGACAGUGAGCUCUCUAGCCUUGAAAGUGUCAAAGGUGGCAUUUCAGGUCCCAGCACAGGUGGAAAGUGUGCAAGUGGGUGUACACCUGGAGGCCAAGUCCGGGGUAAACAGAGCAUGCUUGAGGGUGCAGACGAAUCUGCUUCUGUGGUUGGGUGGAUACAAAGACACCAGGAACCAGAGAGCAAGGAGUGUGCAAGAGUACAUGUGCACAAAGAAACGUGCCAAGAGAGAUCCUGGCUCCAAAACUGGGGGUGAAAUCCCUAGUGGACAACCAAGUGUGUUAAUGUGGUGGGGUGUGUGCCAAGAUGGUGAGGCAAGGGUGAAGAGUAGCAAGGGGCACUAGUGUAUAAAAGUGGUAUAAGUGCAAGACUAGAGCCCAGGUAAAUACGUGUUUAGAGGUUGGUGUGCAAAAGGGGUGACUGAAGGGAGGCUGAGAAGUAGGGAGUGGGCAUGUGCGAAGCGGGAUGCGCAGAUAAAAGGAGGCAACGAAGCACAGAUACUAAGAUGGCAGUUGGGCAGAGGAUAGGGUUGGUGCAGGCUUGCGAAAGGGGGGCAGGCUGCCUCCUGCCUGCAUGCUGGCUGGCUCCCCGCCCCAGAACAGCCCUGGCCUUCGCUGCCGUGCUGGCAGGGAGCAGGCAGGAGGCCCGGGAAGGGAGCAGGCUGCCUGCCCACCCGCCUGCACGGGGUGCGUAUGGGGGCUGGAUACACAUGUCCCGCCAACAACUGCAGCUCACACUCGCCUGCCAGGCCAGGCUCUUGGACACUCCCUUCCCGCCUCUCUCCUCCCACUCCUUCCAUAGUCCUUCAGCUUCGGAUCCACAGACGGUAUCAGGACCCGACCCUCUCAGGGUCCUUCACUGCCUCUCCAGUCUUGGAUCCUGAUCCAUGGAUCUCAGCUGCAGAUCCGGUUCUGGCUCUGGCCCCUGCCUCCGCAUUGGGCCCAGCCCCUUUCCUCUUCAACCCUGAAGUCCUUCUUCCUGAGCCGAAACCCUGCCCUUGGAGGUCCCUGAAGAAGGAGUCUCCCAAGACCUCCCAACACUGGAGGGAGCCCAAGCCCAAGGGGAACUUGACAUACCACCAAUACAUACCCCCAGAGCCAAGUCAAGGGUGCAGGGCAGACCCCCAGGUUGAAGGGUCGCCCUUGGAUCCCCCUGGACCGCCUCUGUGGGAAGGGACAACCUCUCAGCAGCCACCUCCUAGGAUGAAGCCCACACCCCUCACUUCCUCCCCACCAGGAGUCCCCAGUCCCUCGACCCUGCCACAUAAGUUGGAACUUCAGACCCUCAAACUGGAGGAGCUGACGGUCUCAGAGCUCCGGCAGCAGCUGCGGCUGCGGGGCCUCCCGGUGUCUGGGACCAAGUCAAUGCUUCUGGAGCGCAUGCGCGGCGGCGCCCCGCCCCGCGAACGGCCGAAGGCUCGGCGCGAGGACAGUGCAGCGGGCGCCCCCUGGCCUCGCUUCAGGCCCAAGACUUUGGGAGCCGCCCGGAGUGCGUGCUCGUUCAAGCUGAGUCCAACAUCUCAUUCGCCACAUGCCUCGGAAACCCUGGUGACUGCUUCGGCUUCGGCUCCGGUUCCGGUUGCGACGACGGCUCAGGCUCCAACUCCAGCUCCAGUGCCAGUCCCUUCCUCAGCACCGGCCUCAACAGCCCUGACCCUGGAGGAGGAGCUGCAGGAAGCGAUCCGCAGAGCGCAGCUGCUUCCGCACCGGGGCAUUGAUGACAUCCUGGAGGAUCAGGUGGAGCCUGAGGACCCGCUGCCCGCCAUCCCCUUGGACUUCCCCGGCUCCUUCGACAUGUUGUCCCCCUCCCCGGACUCUGAAGGCCUUUCUUCUGUCUUCUCUUCCUCACUUCCGUCCCCCACGAAUUCCCCGUCCCCCUCUCUCAGGGGCCCAACGGACUCCUUGGAUUGGCUGGAGGCUCUGAGUGGGGGUCCCUCGCUGGGCUGUGGCCCCCCAGCCCCCAGCAUUUUCUCUGCUGACUUAUCUGAUUCCAGUGGCACCAGGCUGUGGGACCUGCUGGAGGAUCCAUGGUGACGGAUUUUGGGGUUUCUAGGGACUGUGAACUGGUGGGGAUGGAGAGGUCACAGAGAUAGGCUCUCCGUGUUGGUGGGAGAGAGGGGGUUGGGGGUUGGGGGGUGGGUGGGCAGAGGCGGUUGGAACAACUAGCAGAGCCCCUCCCACCACAGACACAAAAUCAGAGAUAACUCUCAUCUACACCUGGCCCCUCUGCUGUUGCUGACAUGCCAACCUCCUAACUUCUGCCUGACCUCCGUAUGAUCCCCUCUGUGCUUGUGUUGUUGGGAGCAAAGAGGUUUCAUUUGCUGCUGACCAGGACAAACAAGCUGCUUGAUGCUUCCUUCAGAGACCUCAUGGUUGUUUUUGUUCCACAUUAUCACCCCCACAUCUCACCAACUAGAUGGCUGCCUGUUGCUGGGGAGCCUGGAAGGUGGUCUCUGCUUUUUUGGAUGCAACAGGGAUACAGGGAUGAGUGGGGAGAGAGAAUAGUCUGCCAGACCCUUGGCUUCUGACUGGAGAUGAGAAAAAUCAGAUGUGUCAUGAAUCUGAGGUCAGAUUCUCUUAGAAGCAGAAUCUGAGACAAGAUCCUUGUGUCCAUGAUUUAGUAAAGACAUGCUCCCAGGAGAAAACAAUAAAGGAACAGACGAAACAGAACAGGGAUGGGGAAGAAGACUAGCAAGGGUGUGAUGUCAGCUGAAGUCCCAACCUCAGCCUGAUCCCGUGGGGAGCUCUGGAGGAUAAAUCAAGUUGUAGAAUCGUUCCCACCUUGAAGCAAAGGGAACUGAGCCUCUGAGGCAAAUGGAAAUUCCUGCUUGGGUUUAUUAUUGCUGAGUAACAAACCACCCCAAGAUU